GGCCCGGGCCCGUGUUGGGCGGCCGUCCCGCUCCCCGCUCCCUUAGGCCCGAUGCCGGCGGCCGGGCAGGCGGGGCGGGGCGGGGCGAGGCGGCCGCCGGCGCUGGGCUCGCUGGUUCCGGGGCCGAGCGCAGCGCGGAGUCCACUAGGCUCGCUCGUCCGCGGGGCGCCCCACAUGUUUCUCAGCGUCGCGGGAAAGUUGAGGUUUUGAGCCCGGCGGUUCCCGGUCGCUCAGAACUCUCGAUAAACCCAAAGGCGUGGUGGGUUUGCCUCCGCUUUGCUGGCAUGUCUGUGCGUCCGAAAACAGCGGACCUUCCGAGGCAUUUCCACCCGGGGCCCCGAGUGCCGGGGCCGGGGUAGGAGUCCCCGAGGCGGUCGUGUCCGACGACGGUCUCCGGGCUGCUGGAAAACCCGCACUCCGUAACCUCGGGGUAAGGCAGGUCUUAAAAAAGCCAAAAGCCCCCAAACACCGGAACGGCCGAUGUUGUUAACUCCGUGGAUUGUGUGUUUGUCCCUGUCUACACGGAAUCGUGAGCAGAAAAACGCCCUCCUCCCCAAAGCCUCCAGCCGCCGGCUUCCGGACUACGCCAAACGGGGAUUCAGUGUCCGGUCCUUUGGAACAGGAACUCACGUGAAGCUCCCAGGACCAGCGCCCGACAAGCCAAAUGUUUAUGAUUUCAAAACUACAUAUGAUCAGAUGUACAAUGAUCUCCUUAGGAAGGACAAAGAACUCUAUACGCAGAAUGGCAUCUUACAUAUGUUGGACAGAAAUAAGAGGAUCAAGCCGCGGCCAGAAAGGUUCCAGAACUGCAGAGACCUGUUUGAUCUGAUCCUCACCUGUGAAGAGAGAGUGUACGAUCAGGUGGUGGAAGAUCUGAAUUCCAGGGAGCAGGAGACCUGCCAGCCAGUGCACGUGAUCAAUGUGGACAUCCAGGACAACCACGAAGAGGCCACCCUGGGGGCGUUCCUCAUCUGCGAGCUGUGUCAGUGUAUUCAGCACACAGAGGACAUGGAGAACGAGAUCGAUGAGCUGCUCCAGGAGUUCGAGGAGAAGAGCGGCAGAGCCUUCCUGCACACGGUCUGCUUCUACUGACCCACCUGGCCUGGCGCCCGGGGCGCCACCCACCCUCCUGAAGCCGUCUUUUUGAGCUUCCUUUUGUUAAUACUUUUUCCUUCCUGAUAUUUGUCUUUACUUUUAGGUAUUCUGCCGGCCACGGCAGUGGUACCCAAUAAACUGCAUAGGAAAUGCAAGGACACACAGAUGCCAGAUUCAAAACAAUCACGUUUUCUCCCUCCCGCUUUUACUUACGAGUGGGAUGUUGAUUGUAAAGGUUUUUUUUUUUUUUUCUUUACCCAGAAAAGUAAACAACGGUUUAUGGUACAUUUCCCCCAUGCAUUUGUGGCUUUCAUUGUGGUCCCUUCCCCUCUGCUUCCCAAACUUGCUGGAAUGUACAAAUAACCUGAAUAAAGCAAUGGGCUUUACCUUGCUAGGAAAGAA